UGUCCAUUAUCAGUGCGCGACUUUCAAGUGACUGGAGCUGAGAUGAGGAAAUUAGUUAUAUCCCUAGCUGUGCUAGGACUAAUAUCCCUGGCCUUGGCUCACAAUAAUCCCUGGGAGCAGCAGCCCACUCCGAUCAAGAAGGUGCCAGUGCCUGUUCCGGUGCCAGUUCCUGUGCCAGUUCCUGUUCCUGUUUAUCCCAAAGAAGGAGGUGGCGGAGGUGGAGGAGGAGGUGGCAGUGGCGGUGGCGGUGGCGGAGGCAGCGGCAGUGGUGGAGGUGGCGGCGGCGGAGGAAGCGGAAGUGGGGAUGGUGGUGGCGGAGCAGUCGGCGGCACUUGCCCGCGUCCUUCUCCCGAAGCUUUACGGUGCCUGCGGGAAUGGGCCUGUCAGUACGUCAUCCGGCUGGAUCUGCGCUGCCUGCUCACUUUAAAUGGCAACCCAUUGCUGGGCAAUCUCAUUUCCAUACCCGGCAUCACCGGAGGCGGCAGCAGCAGCGGCGGCGGUGGCAUCUUGGGUGGACUCCUGGGUGGCAAAUAGAGGAGCCCGCUCGUUGGCGAAAAUGUGCUCACAUUAAACCCAAUAAAGUUGCCCCAGCACUGGCAAAAAUAGAA